GGUGUUUUUUUAGUUAUCAUUGUUAGUAUAGUUAAUAUAGUUAGUAUUGCUUAGUAUUUUAGUGUACUUUGGGGUAGUCAAUAGUGUUGUUUAAGAUUUUAUCAUAGUAGAGUUAUAGUAGUUGUAGACUUAGAGAGGCACCAUGAAGCAGGGAUUGGCCUCCACCUCACCUGCCCUGCGGCCACUGCAUUAUCAAAUACUGAAUUUCAUAGGCCGUGGUGCCUUUGGCGAGGUCACGCUGGCCCGGCACUUAAAGACCAGCACCCGGGUGGCGGUGGCGGUGAAAACAAUCGACAGAACCGGCUUCCUCUCUAGCCACAGAGAGAUGACUGUUUUACAGUCGGUGCACCACCGAAACAUCAUUAAAUUAUAUCAUAUUAUUAGCAGCAAAGAGGCGUGCCAGUUAGUACUUGAAUACGCCGCAGGAGGAAGCCUGUCUAACUGGCUUGAACAGAACAUCAUGACAGAGGAGGAGGCCCGAGGCAAGUUCCAACAAAUGCUGUCCGCCGUGAGGUACCUCCACCGCCGCAGCAUCGCUCACAGAGACCUGAAACCGGACAACAUGCUGUUAGAUAUUAAGGGAAACAUCAAAAUUGCGGAUUUUGGAUCGGCCACGAGUUACCAUGAGGGGCAGAGGCUGACAAUAGCUCAUGGCACCCUGGCCUACAUGGCCCCAGAACUCUUCGGGGCCCAGGGCUAUGAAUGCCCCGCCAUGGACAUAUGGAGCCUAGGCGUCACGCUGUUCCAGAUGGUGUCCAACAACCUGCCCUUCUCCGCAGUGAGUCGUACGCAACUGAAACGCCUAAUUCUAUCUGGCCAGUAUGCUAGCCCGCAGUACUUUUCUGAAGGCCUUAAAAGACUAAUUAAAAACCUUUUAACGCCUGAUCCCAAUGAGUGGCCAACAGCAGACAAAGUCAUGGGGGAAUCAUGGGUGAACAACGGCCUUCACAGGAAGUCAGACCCCCAGCAUGCCCCCACGGCCUCCCUGACCAUUGAGCGCAAUUGUGAAGAUUUAGAAAACUUGGCACGGCAAGCCCUCCAGUGUGACCGUGUGGCCUCCUCCAUUGUAAGCGCCAUAGGCAGUGGUGGUGCUUUAGAAACCUUGGCAGAGGAAGCCCCCCAGCGUGACCUUGUGUCUGCAGCCUCCACCAAGUGCUCCACCGGCAGGGAAAAUUUAGAAACUUUGGCUCAACCAGCCCUCCCGCAUAACCUCACGGCCGCCUCCACCCAGAUCACCACCCAGAGCACCGUGGCUCCACAACCAGUACACGAAGGCAGCGUCCUCCAAGCUGGGCAGCCCGAGGCUGUGUUGGCCCGGCCAACAAGAGGCUGGAGCUGCCGCAGGGCUGCCCGAAGGUGCAUUGCCAUAAUAAGGAGAUGCUGCUGGCCUGUGCCCAUCCAAGAGGCAGAGUAAGAGGGCCCACCCAAGAGAAAAAAUUGGAGAGGACGAAGGCCCUGAGGUCCAGGAACAUUGAAACCUGAGAUGCCCAGGAGCAACGUUGGAGCCUGCAGCACUUUAUAUAAAAAAAUAUAAAAAUAAAUGUAUCAUUCUGAUAAAUGACCAUUUCUUGCUUCUUGCAAAUUUUGUAGUAGCAAUGGAAAGGUGGCAAGAGAAAGUAGCAUUGGAGAAGGGCAAGGCGUGAGGCAAAGGAAAAGGCAGAUUUACUAGCACCUGCCUUAGUUGAAAGAAAAGCGGGGAUAAUGAAAGGAUGGAGGAGGACGUGGAAGAGAGUAAGAAAAAGAUAUAGCUAAACCAGAGUCUAAGCCAGACUGGAGAACGGUCUAUAAAGAUCAUGCAGUUUACCCCCAUGCAAUACCUAGUGGUGGGAUAUGAUCCAAACUGGUGGCUCACUGUCUCACACUACUACUAUGUAUCAGGUAAAAAUGAACAAAAACAAACCCACCCCUUUGCCAAUCAAAAUAUGUCACUGGAAGGCAAGAGGUGCGGCACAAGUUCUUGUAUCUUCCCAGCUGCCCUGUUCCUUUGUUGAGGAGGAAUCUGCUCCAAAAACUACAAGUACAAAUUUCUCUUAAGCCUAAAG